AUGGACCCGACGAUGGGUGAUUGUGAUAGCUUGGAGUGCUUCUGGGAUUGCCUCGACUCCGAGGGGAUGCAGAGCUUGUACAUCGGGGCGGACGGCGACACCGCGGUGUCCGGCGGCGGCCAGCUCCACGAUGGCUACUCCAGCGCCCCGGACGCCGGCUCCAACUUCUCCGCGGCGACGACAGCGGGGGUUGGGGCGGAGAGGGAGGGCAGGCCUUGCAACAUGGUCACUGUCAUGGAGAGGCGCCGACGCCGGAGGCUCAACGACAGGCUCUACGCCCUCCGCAGCGUCGUCCCAAACAUCACCAAGAUGGACAAGGCCUCCAUCAUCAAGGACGCCAUCGAGUACGUCCUGCAGCUGCAGCAGCUGGAGCGCCAGCUGCUCGCCGAGAUAGCCCUCCUCGACACCGCCGCGAACGCGCACCAUCUGGUAGUCGGCGGCACGCCAUCCACGCAAGACGGCUGCGCCGUGUCGCCGACCAAGAAGAUGAAACGGAACCCGUCCUUCUCGUCCCACAGCCGCUCCUCCUCGCCGCCGGUCGACGCUCUCGAGGUGAGGGUGUCGGGCGCCGGGGAUAAGGUGCUGGUGGUGAGCGUCGCCUGCACCCACCGGAGGGACGCCGUCGCCAAGGUCUGCCGUGCGCUCGACGGCCUCCGCCUCCGCGUCGUCGCCGCCAACAUCACCGCCGCGUCGGGGACCGUGAUGCACACGGCACUCGUCCAGAAAGAAGAAAUGCAUCAGACAGAGAUGAAGGAAAUGAUCGAGAUAGCAAUAUCCCAACUUGAUGAUAUCGUUGGAAGUCCACUAAGUAGUACGAGUUACUGA